AUGAACAGACAGGAAUCCAUUAAUUCGUUCAAUUCAGACGAAACAUCGUCGCUGUCUGAUGUGGAAAGCCAGCAGCCGCAACAGUAUAUCCCUUCAGAAAGAGGCUCCAAGUCCAAUAUGGCUCCCAACCAAUUGAAGCUGACACGGACAGAAACCGUGAAGACCUUGCAAGACAUGGGUGUGAGCUCCAAGGCCCCAAUUCCUGACGUCAAUGCUCCUCAAUCCAGUAAGAACAAGAUUUUCCCAGAGGAAUACACUCUAGAAACCCCCACGGGGUUGGUCCCCGUGGCCACUCUGCAUUCGAUAGGUAGAACGUCGACUGCAAUCUCUCGUACAAGAACAAGACAAAUCGAUGGUGCGUCUUCGCCCUCUUCGAAUGAAGACGCUUUGGAAAGCGACAAUAACGAAAAGGGCAAAGAAGGCGACUCUAGCGGUGCCAACGAUGAGGCACCAGAUCUAGAUCCAGAAAUCRAGUUUGUCACUUUUGUCACUGGUGAUCCGGAAAACCCUCACAACUGGCCCGGAUGGAUCCGUUGGACCUAUACCGUGCUGCUAUCCAUCCUGGUUAUUUGCGUUGCCUACGGGUCCGCUUGUAUCAGUGGUGGGCUGGGAACCGUCGAGAAAAAAUACCACGUCGGUUUGGAAGCUGCUAUUUUAUCGUGUUCCUUAAUGGUCAUCGGUUUCUCCUUGGGUCCUUUGAUCUGGUCUCCAGUCAGUGACUUGUACGGUAGAAGAGUCGCUUACUUCGUGUCUAUGGGUCUUUAUGUCAUUUUCAACAUUCCUUGCGCAUUGGCCCCAAAUCUAGGUUGUCUUUUGGCCUGUAGGUUUUUAUGUGGUGUCUGGUCCUCCUCCGGCCUAUGUCUCGUUGGUGGGUCCAUCGCCGAUAUGUUCCCCAGUGAAACUAGAGGUAAAGCCAUCGCUUUCUUUGCCUUUGCUCCUUAUGUUGGUCCCGUUGUUGGUCCAUUAGUCAAUGGUUUCAUUUCCGUUUCCACCGGCCGUAUGGACCUGAUCUUCUGGGUCAACAUGGCCUUCGCAGGUGUUAUGUGGAUCGUGGCCUCUGCUAUUCCAGAAACAUACGCUCCCGUUAUCUUGAAGAGGAAAGCUGCCAGAUUAAGAAAGGAGACCGGUAACCCCAAGAUCAUGACUGAACAAGAAGCUCAAGGUAUCAGUAUGAGUGAAAUGAUGAGAGCUUGUUUGUUAAGACCUCUAUACUUUGCUGUCACUGAACCAGUCUUGGUUGCUACUUGCUUUUACGUGUGUUUGAUUUACUCUCUGUUAUAUGCGUUCUUCUUCGCCUUCCCUGUCAUUUUCGGUGAAUUGUAUGGUUACAAGGAUAACAUUGUCGGAUUGAUGUUUAUUCCGAUUGUUAUCGGUGCUCUCUGGGCCCUAGCCACUACCUUCUACUGUGAAAACAAGUAUCUAGCAAUCGUCAAACAACGUAAACCUACACCCGAAGAUCGUCUGUUGGGUGCCAAGAUCGGUGCUCCAUUCGCUGCUAUUGCGCUUUGGAUUUUAGGUGCCACUUCUUACAAACAUAUUAUUUGGGUCGGGCCAGCUUCUGCCGGUUUAGCUUUUGGUUAUGGUAUGGUGUUGAUUUACUAUUCGCUAAACAACUAUAUCAUUGAUUGUUACGUCCAAUAUGCAUCCAGUGCUUUGGCCACAAAGGUCUUCUUAAGAUCUUGUGGUGGUGCUGCCUUCCCAUUGUUUACCAUUCAAAUGUACCACAAAUUGAACUUACACUGGGGUUCUUGGUUAUUGGCUUUCAUCUCUACUGCUAUGAUUGCUUUACCUUUUGCAUUCUCUUACUGGGGUAAAGAAUUGAGACAUAAAUUGUCCAAGAAAGAUUACUCCAUUGACAGUGUUGAAUAA